CCUUCACUUUUCUAAAAUUUACAUAGUCCCCUUCACUUUCAAAUGACCAAACAGUGCAUGGACCAUCUCACCGCCACCACCACAUCAGGCGCAGCCGGUGGAGGCACCAAAUACAUGGAUUCAACCAAUUUUAAGUUCCUAAAAUCAAUGAAAAAUCAACAAUCGAUUUACAACACCCUUUACUACUAAGCACUUCUACAAACACUUAAUAUGCGUGAAUCUAUUAAUAGAGAUGCAGCUCUACUGUUGAUCUCUAAUCUCUUAUACAUCCUUCCCUGCAUUUCAUUUCACAUUUGGGACAAAGCCAUUCUCAUAAACCUAUUGAAAUGCUCAGAAAUUUCUUUUUAAAUCAACGACAAUGAACGUCUUCUUCGUACGGCAAUAGGUUCAGUUCUUCACCUGGUUUCUCUCUUCAAAACUCUUACCCAGACAGUUACAAAUUCGAAUCAAGCCAUAACCCAACAUAUCCAAUUCAAAGUCCGUUUCUAACCCAUCUUUCCUCCAUCAAAUAGAUUCUCAAUCACCCUCGAAUCUACUUCGUUUAUUCGUGUUAAUCGAUUUCACCAGUUCAUGCACGUCUUUAUUCCUUAUCUUCUUCUUCUACUUCCGAUCUCAAGCAGCUGCAGUCUGAAAUGGGAUUAGAUAUAUGUGAUUUUAAAAUUGAAUCUAAUUGGGAGGCAUAAUUGGUGGAGCUGCUCGGAGUUUGGAUAGGGAUGGGAAGAGAGGUGCAGUAGUAGGGAUUGAAAGAGAAAGUGAGAAGAUAGUCUGGUCACCGGUGCAUCGACUGUAAAUAAAGAAACGGGGAAAAAGAAAGUGAUGGUGGUGGUGGCGGCCAUAUAGAGAGAUGAAGAAGAUGGGUUCAUCCCAAACCUGUGUAACGUAGAAGGGGGCUGGAAUAAUAAGUUUGGCAGCAGGACAUCCCAGUUUAGGCGAAUGGCGACGCCCACAGUGGUUAUAGACGAUCACUGUACAGUUGUUGAUAGGGAAAAAAGGCGAUUUAGGUGCAAUUACUGUGGAAAGGAGAUGUCUCGUCGUUGUCGUCUUCAGAACCACUUGGCAGGAAUACGUGAAAAAGUACUACCUUGUGAUGAAGUUCCAGCGGAAGUGAGGGCGCAAAUGAAAAACGAGAUAGUGAGAAGAAAGAAAGCAGUUGCGUACACUAGCUCUAAUGACCACUGUACUCUUGUUGAUGAGAAAAAAAAGCGAGUUAAGUGCAAUUACUGUGGAAAGGAGGUAACUACUUGUUAUCGUCUUAAGAACCACUUGGCUGGAAUACGUGAAAAUGUACUACCCUGUGAUGAAGUUCCAGAGAAAGUGAGGGCGCGAAUGAGAAACGAGAUAAUGAGAAGAAAGAAAGCAGAUGCGAACACCAGCUCUAAUGACCCCUGUAAGCAAAACGGCAGCCUUCAUGAGUCCAGUCAACCCAGUUCAAAGAAAAGGAAGCACUGCACUACAAUUGAGUCUGGAUUGAAAGAGAAAGAUGAGAAUACACAGAGUUUGAUCGACCCCAAACAGUUGAAUGCACGCGACGCAGGGAAGAUUGCAAAAGUAGCUGAAGAUAGCUCAUCCAGGCAGAUCCAAAGGUGUAUUGGUAGAUUCUUUUUCGAAAAUGGUAUAGACUUUAGUGCUGCAAACUCGCCUUAUUUCCAGAAAAUGAUACGUGCUCUUAUUGGAUGUGGAUCCGUGGUGUAUAAGGUGCCCAGUUGUGAUGACCUCAAGGGGUGGAUUCUGCAGGAAGAACUGAAAGCAUCACAAGAGCAUGUCCGAGAAAUUGUGGAUUCAUGGGGAACCACUGGAUGUAGCAUAUUGUUGGAUGGGUGGACCGACGGGAAAGGGAGAGAUUUGAUUAAUUUUGUGGUUGAUAGCCCAAAGGGUCCCAUAUUUAUGAAGUCUGCCGAUGUGUCAGAUAUUGUAGGAGAUGUGGAUGCCAUGAUCGCAUUAUUAAUUGGAGUUAUUGAGGAGGUUGGAGUUCAGAAUGUGGUUCAAAUUGUCUCAUAUACUACUCUUGGUUCAGUUGACGUUGCGGGCAAAAAGUUAACGGAGAAAUACAGGACUAUAUCCUGGACUGUUUGUGCAUCUCACUGCAUAGGCCUCAUCUUGGAUAAGAUAGCAAUGUUGGACCCUUGGAGAGGUGUGCUUGGCAAGGCAAAAGAUAUUAUCAAGUUCAUUUGCAGUCAUGAGAUAGUUUUGAAGCUUACGAGGAAACACACUUUUGGGCUGGAUAUAGUCAGUUCCAGGAGGAUUGGAUCGCUGACGCCAUUUCUAAUGUUGGAGAGAAUUGAGUCUCAAAAGAUGAAUUUGAAGAACAUGUUCAGUUCAUUAGAAUGGAAGAAGUCAACCUUAGCUUCAACAGCUGAUGGAAUGCAAGUGGUUGAUUUAGUCUCUGGAGAGUCGUCUUUCUGGACUGAAGCCCAGAUGCUUUUGAAGGGAAGUAUUCCACUCAUACGUGCUCUGCAUCUAAUUAGUGGAGGAGACAGUAAACCCCAGAUGGGAUACAUAUAUGAAACAAUGAAACAAGUAAAGGAGCAAAUAAAAGAGGAGUUUAAAGACAAUGAAACCAAAUAUCAGCCUUUCUGGACAGUUAUUGAUGCGAUUUGGAAUAACCAACUCCAUAAACCUAUCCAUUCGGCUGCCUACAUUUUAAAUCCGAGUCUCUUUUACUGUGUGGAUUUCAAUGAUGAUGCUGAGAUUAAGGACGGGCUUUCGCACUGCAUUGAGCAAAUGGUAGAGGAUAAACGUGCUCGAUAUUUAACAUUAUUACAGUUGGAUGACUAUAUGCAGACUAGUGGUACGUUUGGCGAUGGGAAUGCUAUUGAUCAAAGAAUGACGAUUUCUCCAGAGAAAUGGUGGUCCUUGUAUGGAGUUCAAUGCCCUGAAUUGCAAAAUUUUGCUAUAAGAAUUUUAAGUCAGACGUGUACUGGUGCCUUAAGAUAUGGUCUGAAAAGGAGUCUGUCUGAGCAACUGCAUAUGAACGGAAGGAACCGCGUAGAGCAAAAACGGCUGAAUGACCUCACAUUUGUUCAUCAUAAUCUUCGGUUGCAAAAUGCUGUAUCUAUUUCAAAGACAGAUUACAGAGAUAUAUUUCUUGAAGAGACGGAUCAUCCAGUGUAUGAAUGGGUUGGUGGAGGGGAUGUGAAGGAGUCAGUGGCUGAAUAAAAUGGUAAUUAGAUUAAUUAAGGUAUAUCUUCUGUAGGCAAAGCUGGUCGUAAUGCAUAUACAUAAUUUGUCUGUUACUCUGAAUAUAUAACGUAUUGUGGCUAAGCAGUCACUUCAGGAGAUGCCACUCCUUGGCUUACCUUUUGACUUUUGUAUAUGAUAUUGCAGCAUCUGCAUGACUUUUCUGAAUCUUGGUAUCAGUUUGUAUUUUUUUUCCUUUGAAAGAGGCUUGAAUUGAGUCAGUUUACUUUUCA